UUUUAGUUAAUGAGCAAAGUGGCUUCAAUUAUAAUACGUUUGGAAAUACAAACUGGUGCACCGUUCAUUAAGUUCGAGUCUGCCGGUUCUAUCGAAGCGGAAAAUAAGACACAGUCUGAAAAGAAAUUAAUGGCGGAAAGGAAGAAGCACAAGAAAUUGGAUGCGCGAUCUAAAAUUGAGGGAAACAUCUUGCUGCCAGCUGCCGUAGAUAAGGCGAUGGAAUCAGUUGAGCAGACAUCAGUGCAAGCACAGUGCUUAGGCAAUCGUAAAUAUAGUGAAGUAAUUGUGCAGACUUUCUCUAAGGAUCAAGCAGCAUCGAAUAGACAUAAAUCCCUCACUCCCGAUAGUCAAGAGGAGCCUUCAUCUGUGCAAACAAUUGCUUCUGGUCCUUCUCUUUCUUCGAAAGUGACUGGUGAAGGAUCGGAUAUAUGCAAUUUAUCAUUUUUCUCCGGAAAUCCAUUUGUCGAAAAAACAUCGGGGAUUCUUCAUUUUUACAAAAAAAAAGAAACGAGUUCAGCAGAUGCUAGAGGUGAUUGUUCAAUAUUAUGCAUGUUAGGAGUCCCAUCAUUGCUUUCGUGUCGCGAGCUGCUAAGAUUUAUUGCUCCAAGUUCACAAUAUAUUACUGCAAUGAAAGUGAUACGUGAUUCAACACCAAAUCAGUAUAUGGUUAUCAUUAACUUCCGAUCUCACGAAGCCGCUGUUCGUUUUUACGAUGAGUACAAUGGCAUAACAUAUAAUGCAAUUGAACCGGAAGAGUGUUCGCUCGUUUUUGUUGAAAAGAUUGAAUCGGUUCGUGAAGAAGCUGGUGGUAGUCUACCUGCGGAAAACAUGACAGAACUGCCAACAUGUGCAGUUUGUUUGGAGCGUAUGGAUGAUGGUGUGCUGACUAUUCUAUGUAAUCAUACUUUUCAUGCUGAAUGUUUAGAGCAGUGGGCGGAUACGACAUGUCCAGUAUGUCGGCAUAGUCAAACACCUGAGUUGGUGGCAGAUCAGAAAUGCUCUGUUUGUGGGAAAACCACGGAUCUGUGGAUAUGCCUAGUGUGCGGAAAUAUUGGUUGUGGUCGUUAUGUAGAAGGUCAUGCUUACAGACAUUUUGAAACAACUUCACACACAUUCACUUUGGAAAUUGGUGGUGAGCGUGUAUGGGAUUAUGCAGGUGACAAUUAUGUGCAUCGUUUGAUACAAAGCUCACCUGAUGGUAAAAUGGUCGAAUAUAGAAGAAGCGGUAUUAGUGAUAGCGGUGAGAAUCCGAAUGAGAAAUUAGAGUCAAUCCAGUUGGAAUAUACUUGCUUGCUUACAAGUCAACUGGAAUAUCAAAGGACAUUUUACGAGAACAAAAUGAAUGAACAAGAACGACUAUUUAGCACGUUAGAAAAACAUAAUCAGGCCCAGGUUGAUUAUCUUGAAAAGGAAGUCGAGGGAAUACGACAAGAAUGCAAUGAAUUGAAAAAAACUUUAGCUUCCUGUACACAGCAACGGCGCACUAUUGAAAAGAAGCAUCAAAAUACUCAGAAUAAAUUGAACAAAGCAUUGGCAGAAUUGGCGGACGAACGUGCUUUAAACGAGUUAUUACGAUCCGAUCAGGAAAAGUGGUCUGCGAGACUGGCGGAAAUGGAAGCAAAAAAUACCAAUUUACAUGAAAAAUACGUUGCUACGGUGAAUGAUCUCAAUGAACAAAUUCGUGACUUGAUGAUGCACUUCGAAGCUGAAGCUAAAAUACAGGAUGCAGUUGAAAUGAACAAAGUUACUGAGCAGGAGAUUAAUGAAGGUAGCGUAGUUGUGGCGGAUCCACCACAGCGCACUCCAGUGAGGAAUCGCAGACGUAGGAAGAAGUAAUUUCAACACAGCAUUAAAAAUAUGAUAGAAAAGCAUGAUCAUUUUCUUCUAUUUCUUUCAAAUUAGCUGUGCCAUUUUGUAGAGUCGUUUUUCAAACUUAAAAAUCUUUCAAUUUGUGCAGUAUAUUUUAGCGAAAAACUGAUGCUUUCUUUCUGUUUUGUGACACCAUUGAUUAUUCUACACUUUUCAUGUAAUAUUUAGUGUCUGAACGUCAUCUUUCCACCGUAAACGCCUGAGUUUCUUGUUGAACGCUUUUCAUUUGUCAGAUGUAAGACAAAUCACAGGUUAAACUCACAUGCACUUAAAAUGUCAUCUUUCAAGUGUUUCGUCUGAUUUUUCGGCCAUUUCAUGUUUCCAGUGAUUGAAGCACUUAAAAAAUGGAGAGUAGCGGGCUUCCUACGAAGAACAGAAGAUUAAGCGGCCCUAAGUAUCAUAGUUUUACAACUGGAGAAGCUCG